AUGGGCAGGAGGGGCUCUCAGGGACUCCACCGCUCCCCCGGGUCACGCGCACCCAGGGGCCAGGGCGAGGGCAGCCACUGGGGAGGUGAGCCCUACGAGGGGCAGGGCCCGCAGGGCUACCAGAGCGACGGCGGCCGGCCUGGGUAUCCGGCAGAGCGCCAGCAGUCGCCCUACCAGGGCGAGCGCCCGCCCCAGAGCUACCAGGGCGACGCCAACCGGCCGCCACCCAUGUACCAGGCCGAGGGCCCUCGCCAGCAGUCGCCCUACCAGGGCGAGCGCCCGCCCCAGAGCUACCAGGGCGACGCCAACCGGCCGCCACCCAUGUACCAGGCCGAGGGCCCUCGGCAGCAGUCACCCUACCAACAGCCGGACGGCGGCCGACCACAGCAGGGUUACCAGGGUGACGGAGGCCGGCCGCCGCAAAGCUACCAGAGCGAGCCGGUGCGACCUCAGCCGGGGUACCCGGGAGAGGGAGGCAGGCCGCCGGCCCCGUACCAAGGCGACGGGGGCAGACCGCCGGCCCCGUACCAGGGCGACGGGGGCAGGCCGCAGCAAGGUUACCAGAGUGACGGCAGCCGACCACCACCAGUGUACCAGGCCGAACGGCCGCCGCAGACGUACCAGGGCGACGGCGGACGCCCGCAGCAACCUUACCAGGGCGACGGCGGGAGGCAGCCGCAGGGGUACCAGGGCGAAGGAGGCCGGCAGCAACAGGGGUACCAGAGCGACGGCGGCAGGCCACAGGCCUACCAGGGUGACGUAGGACGGCCGCAGCCGCCUUACCCGUCGGACGCGGGACGGGCGCAGCCUCAGUACCAGGCAGAUCGGCCUCAACCAGCCUAUCACGGUGGUCAGGGCUUCCGCGGGUCUCAGGGCGACGGAAUACACACCAGCCAGGGCCACCAGGGGUACCAGGGAGACGUACCCCAUGGCAACCAGGGCUACCGGGGACCUCCAGCCGAGCAAGGCGUCCACAGCGGUCCGGUGCAUAAAGGGUACCAGGGCGACGGAGGAAGCCAGGGCUUUCGAGGGUCUCAGGGCGACGGGAUUCACCAGGGUCACCAGAGUCACCAGGGCUACACACCGGAGCCACAGGGCUUCCGCGGCUCACAGGGCGAGGGCAUCUACAGCAACCAGCCACAGCAGGGCUUCCGGGGCUCACAGGGCGACGGCAGUGGCUUCAGGGGGUCGCAGGGUGAGGGCGCCAGCGGCGGUCAGGGCCUGCGAGGCUCGCAAGGUGAGGGCAUCCACCAGGGCGGCAUGCAGCCGUCGUACGGACUGCGGGGCUCGCAGGGCGAGGGCUUGCCGGGCCCGUACGCGCUGCCAGCAGCAUAUGGCCAGCGAGGCUCGUACGGCGAGGGACUUCACACCGCGCAGGGCGGAGCACCGGCCCAGGGCGGACUGCGCAAGUCGCAGGGACUUCGAGGCUCACAGGGCGAGGGGCUACCGGCAGCGCAGCCACUCAGGGGCUCCCAGGGCGACUCGUACGGCUCGCAGAAACUGCACCGCUCCCAGGAGCUGCGGGGCUCUCACGGUGACGGCCUUCACCGCUCGCAUCAGACUCACAGCGGCGUGGAGCGGCUGUUCUAAAAGCGACGCGUUGCGGUGCGACAAAAGCGCUCUGUGAUCCAGUGCCAGCGAAAAGCGAAAAAUCAAAAUCUCUGUGAAUAAAAUGUUUUCUAUUUUGACUCCGCGUUGUGCUAAAUGUAGCUGGCAUUCGAACUCUAUUUUCAGUUAUACCUACUAUUUUCAAAAGAAUGCCACGAAUCGGUAUGCUCAAAAUAAUUGACAACUGAAGUGACUGCUAGUUCUUUAGGCACAUCGCGAAUGCCUUUGUGACUCCUUCAUGUGUCAACACUGAGCAGUGAUGCAAACUCAAAACAUGUGCCAAAGAAGAAGUUGGCUCUAGCAACUUGGCAUUCUUUCUAUUGUGAAUUCCAGUCAAUUCGGGUAGUGCCACGACUGACGACUUCCCCGGUGAGAAGAAGUCAAAAGCCCUGGAAUUGAAAGUAGUGCGUGUAGAAGUUAGCACCAAAAUAAUAAAUAAGUGGGAGAUUCCCAGAGUCACUGGUGUAAAUUCCAUCAGGAUUUCCUGAUCGCAGUGCCCCGAUUCCUUAUCGUAUCCAAGGUUUCUGAUGGUUUUCUCGGUUUCUGAUGGUUAGUUUCUGAUCGUUCCUUCAAAACCUAAUGGUAUUAUCUCAAUUUUUUGAUGGUAUUUUUUCCCUGAUCGUAAAAUUUCUGAUGGUGUGUAAACCAUCAGGAUAAUUUCUAUGUUCUGAUGGUAUUUUUCUGAUCGUACAAACAUCUUUGAUGGUUAUUUGACAUUUUCUGAUAGUUCCUUUUAAUACCAUCAGAAAAUGAUGUUUUCCUGAUCGCCUCGAUCAAGCAAAUAAUUGGCCUGACGAAACUAUGUGUCGCACGGUAAAACGGCUUUGUGUGGUGUAAGAGGAUCACAUACUUUAUCGUUUGCUUACAUAAAAACAAAAUCACCUUUAUCACCCUGUGAUUUCUAGGAGAACGGCUAAAGAUAGGUCAAUUUUGACACCACCAUUGUGCUCAGCGCUGAAAGUUUACACGGGUGAUGUAGAAUCUUGGCCCUUGGGCGGCCCGCUGCUGACUUCACCGUUAAAGAUGCUACCAUCAAGGACAUUUACCAGUAGUAUACUAACCAUCAGAACGCAAUUACCAUCAGAAUUUUACCAUCAGAGCCCAACCUUACUAUCAAAACAAUACCAUCAGGCCAAAAACUAUCAGGAACGUCCCAUUUUCUAUCAGGAUUUAGACAAAUAACUGAUCGUACCUUUUUUGAUGGUAUUUUUCCUCAUGGUAAAUUUUCUGAUGGGAUUUACACCAGUGGUGUUCUCCGUGCAAAAAUGUGAACUUUUAAAAUAUCCAAAUUAUUUGUGCAAUCUCUUUAAUCUUAAUCCAUUCAAAAAAAUUGUUGACAGAGUUUUGCAAUUUCCUAUAGGCUACUUACGUAAAUCCCUUCUUCAAAUCCCGUCUUCAAAAAUAUCUUCGCGCACAAUGUUAGAACACUCUGAGUCUUCUCAUCUCACAUUAGCUCUUCUCUGUGAUCUACUGUUUACAUGUAAGCAAAACUACAUAAUUUAACUGGUUUAGAACUUAAGAGAAAGUUUAAAAUGUUCUCUUGUGCUCCUUCCGAUUAAACAAAAAUAUUCUUUGUAGUAAGUUUAUGAUAUAUGACAGCAUUCUCUGUACAUACAAUUUAGUCCGUGUAUAUACUUUUAGAAGAAAGGAGCGUUGUCUUGUUAUUAUUGUUUGUAAAAGUUUCCAUAUUUUCCUUUUGAUGCCCCAGUGCCUUAAAAUGAUUGUAAGACAUGGCAUCAAUAUAGAGUUCUCUUCCUCUAAAGUUCUAUAUGCUACAUUAUCAACAAACUACUUUAGAUACAAUGUUCCAAACAUGGGCACUCGACAAAAGAAUGAUAUUUAAUCUAAAUAAGCUUUCAAUGUUCUCCGAGCUCGCAUGGUAGUUUAGUUCCUCAAACGCUCAAUGACAACUUGGUUUGUGAUAGAUGUUUUGUUGUGAUAGAAUUUCUUUAGAUAGAAAUAAAUUUCAACUGCAUGCAUUGAUCGAUAGGGCAAUGCAUGUGUCAAGAAUUGAAUCUAUACUACAUACUGUGUACUGUUGGGUUUUAUUUUCGUAGUAACCGGCUGCGUUGCUAAAUUUGUCAAAUUUACAUAUUUGGUUUGCCUUAUUUCUCAACGCAUUGGGGGCAUUAUGCGUGCUCGCACCUUAUCGCAUAUCGCGUAGAAGCUCCAAACAGCUCCAACGCUAUUCCGUGCUCCACACCACAGCAAAUUAUAUCACUUUGUUUAUUUUUAAAGUUUGUUUUAAUGUACUAAUGAAUUUAAUGUCUUCAAGAGUAAGACUUGAACCAAUGAUAAUCCCUUUAUCAGGGUCGUCUCCCUUACUUAAAUGCCUACGUUUACAACGCAUUGACUGUCACUUUUUUGACUCCUGUUCUGUCAUUUGUCUCCUAACUUACUAUCACACAAUGUUCUCAUGAGAUUUGUUUUGAAAACAUGUGCAUUUAUUAAAUAAAUACACUCGCUCUGGAGAGGCGAUGACAUUCUAACAA